AUGCGACAUGAUGUUCGUGUGGAGAGAUAUGCAACUACGAAGGGUGCAUACACCAAAGCCAACCACACCAUUAUUGCGUACGGUGGAGUGCCAGCAUAUAAUGUACACUACCCCAGAAUGAACAAACCUCGAGAUGUGGAUAGCUACUGCACGUUUUGGGUCUUCAAUGUCCGAAAGCGCUCUUGGACGUCUCGUCACAACAACGCCACGGACAUAUGUCGCCUUUCCGGACAUGGCCGCCAGUUGUUUCCAGUCUCUGUUACAGCAAAAAUGCUGGCACUAGCCAACAGACCGCGCGCAGUCUUGUUUGCGAACGAAUCGAAGAUUCUCCUGCACUUUUCUGAUCGCCACGUUCUGCGUGUGGUUGAAGUAUGCAGUGUGCCACAGAACCAUAAUAUUAUCUCUCCAUCUAGCACACUAUCCUGUCGACGAAUACUGACCCAGCAAUCCAAGUUGACGUCUACCAGGUCUACCGUGAACAGCUGGAUUGGCUCUCCUUAUUACUCAGUUGGUGGUGGAGUCGGUGCAUUCUUUGGGACGGUAGAGCAGGUGUGGACCAUACGGCCUGCAGCAUUCUUGUCCACUUGCCCCAGCUUGGCUGAGAACACUGAGCGCGGGUGCAAUGAUUUCGUCGAGGAGAUGAUAUACGAUGCCAUCAGGCCAGCCUACCGUCUCCCUGGUGGGUUGGGCUGUGUAUGGAGUGGUGUUGUUCUACAAACCAUCCUGGGAAAGGAGAGAGCUAUAUUCUUGCCUGGCUCUAGAUGCCUCUGGUCAGAACAAGCCAUACGUCACAAUGUCUACUGGAUCCUUGAUACGACAACGAAUGCGUAUGAGACUAGAACGAUGGCACAAUGUACAGAACAUAACAUCCGUGAUCUCACUGGAUCAACUGCUACACAACUUACUCCUGGUGUGGUAUUCUUGUUAGGUACGGGAUACACUGAUAGUCCUCUGCAUCCCCGCACAAUCAUGUGGUGUAUUAAUAUACUGAACUUCACCUGUAUGGAAUUUACUAACGCUGGCACUGUUCAACUGUCGACACGAUACGGUCAUAUGGCAGUACGGAUCGAUGAUACACAUCUUCUGGUCUACGGGGGGAAGAACAAGACCACAUCAGAUUAUCUCUCUGAUCUCUGGGUACUCACAUUUGACAGUAUAGACCAGUGCAAAGGAACGUGGAAGAUUCUGAAACCUACGCAUCUCUUGGGCGCAGUGAUGCCAAGUCUUCCCAAUCCGCAAACAACACGCAUCAAUAAUACUAUUUUCGUUUUCGGUGACACAUCAGCAUGUACUGACUACAUAAUGGCACUGGAUAUCUCCCGAUACUUAGACAACGGUACAAUUCGGAUCAACCAAGUCUCCGUACAGCCCUGUCUGUCUAAGAGAGCAGAUUUCGCUAGUGUUCAGUACAACGAGAAUGGCAUAUUAUUGUUCGGUGGUUGGACUGCCUUAGGUCAACUAGCCACGGUUGCACAGCUCAUCCUUCUGAAUACUUCCAACCUGCUUUCGCAAGGAAGGGUGAUGCCCCUUUUCGACCAUACAAAUGAAGUCAGCAUCUUUGAUCACCGUAUGGUGAGCGGGCAGCGUCUCUAUGUAUUCUCGGGACAUGCGGUCCCCAGCAAGCCAGAAAAGUAUCUAACGAUUGAGACCGAGCUCUGUCCGGCGGGGUACGGGCUGCGUGAGGAUAAGACGUGUCGACCCUGUCCGCAUGGUUUCUUUUCUUCAACUCUACGUGACAGAUGCAAACCGUGUCCCAAUUUCACGACGACAAAGACAGAAGGAUCGAGCGCCUGUAUUGCAAUAUCUCCGUGCCAUUCCCAGUACUGCCAUCAGCACGGGGUGUGUAUCGUGACCGACUUCGCCGCCAGCUGCCAUUGCUACUUUGGUUACGUGUCGUAUGACAACUGUAGACUACCACUGGUGAACUUGGCCAUUGCAUCCGCUAUUCUGCUCCUCGUCUCCUUCAUUGCUCUUGCUCUACGAAAAUACCACAUGAGAAACCAGCAACUCAAGCUUAAGGAGAGGGAGCUGCAGGACAAACACAAGAGUAUGCGACUGUAUCAGAAGAAGCUAGACCAGAUCAACAUCGGAGCAAGAAUACGCUGGUCAUCGCUGAACCUCACCAAGAAACUUGCCAGGGGAGCAUUCUCGCAAGUGUGGCUAGCCGAGUUCAGCGACAUGUUAGUAGCUGUGAAAGUACUCCCCAAAUAUACUGGUAGAAAUACCUCGCAGACAGACCAGUUCGUCCAGGAAGCUGAGGUCCUGCGUUCAAUUCGUCACCCCAACAUCGUCAUCUUCUUGGGAGCUGGCACAAAUAGAUUCAGCAAAAGACCGUUUAUCGUGAUGGAGUACUUGCGGCGAGGUUCUCUCCACAAUGUACUCCACGAUGGCGGGAACGUGUUCACACACCACGAUCAUCUGAGAUUUGCUCUGGACACAGCCCGAGGUAUGACGUACUUGCACGAAUCCAACCCGCCACGUCUGCACCGAGACCUGAAAUCUCCCAACCUUCUAGUCAGCGACAAGUGGGUGGUGAAAAUCGGCGAUCUUGGCAACUCGCGAUUUAUGGCCAUUCUGGAUGAGGAGAAGGCGACAGCAGCGAACAGCACCAGUGCUAGUGCCGCUCAGACACAGUCAUCAAACAUGGCGGCGGGCGCGCAGUCCGUAAGUGAAAGCCCCAGCGAAAAUGUACUUAUCGAGCCUCCUUGUACCGGAGCAGUACUUGACAGACGUGAUUCCAAGAGCUCGCUUGCACUAUCAGGAAGCCAGGAGACCAGUCUGUCAACGCCCCUACUCACCGAUGUCUCCACAAACCAUGGAGAGACGUAUCAGCGCUAUUCGGCAUCAGUGAUGACUCGCGGCGUGGGGACUCUGCGCUGGAAGUCACCGGAGUCAGUACGUGGCGAGCAUUACAAUGAGAAAGCUGAUAUCUACAGCUAUGGGGUUGUGCUUUGGGAGAUCUUCACCAGGCAAACGCCAUACGGACAUCUGAAGCGUGAGACGGACGUGGAGAAGGCAAUAGAGAAUGGUCACCAGCUGCCUAUUCCACCGGGCAUGCCCUAUGACUAUCGUCAUCUGGUCGAGGCCUGCUUGAGACCAAAAGCGGCCAACCGUCCAUGCUUCAGUGAGAUACUCCAUGAUCUGGAAGUUCAACAAGUGAAUGCUUGACCAUGUUAUUCUCUCAGUACAGCGCAGUGCGUAACACUGCCCCUGCAAUUAGUCGCGAAGAAUUGGUGCAUGCCCUUUCUGGCUGGUGCAGCUCGUCUGCCCGUGACUGGGUUCGCGACUUUAUAUCUGGUCGAUUCCCGCGUGUUCGUGUCGGCGAGUCGGUUUCAAUGCCUUCUCCCUCAUCUGCCAAAGUUUCCCAGGGUUCACAAUCAUUUUGGUCCAAUUUUGUCUAGCAUGAGCAUAGAUUCCCUCGUCAGUGUACCCUGUAGUGGUGGAAUGACUCUAUUUGCUGACGAUUCCAAUCUUGUCUGCUGCUCGGUACCUGACCCGUCCAAUCUGAUCUGGCCCGCUGUCUGCUCUGGUCUGAGGGCAUCUCAGCUAUAUUAAAUUGUAACCCCACUAUAUGUUAUCAUCUUUGCCCCAACCACAGCUACUUCUGGGACCGUUUCCAUGAACAGCGAUAGUCUCCCUAUCUACCAUUAUAUCCGUGUCCUAUUAUCAUCCACUUUGAAUUUUUCUCAUCAUAUUGUUGCCUUUUAAAUUUCGUUUUCGUGUUUUUUCCUUCGAAAUAUGUUGCAUUUCCUCCCACUUUCCACUAUCAGUGUCACAAGUUUAUACAAGUGUUAUGUCCGACCCCUCCUGGAGAAUGCCAUGCCGGUUUGGAAGUACUCAAUGAAUAGAAGUUUUGCUUCCAUGCUUCAUAAACUUCGAGCCACGGCCGCUAGGUCAUACUUGUCCUGCGUUCACAAGUCAAUAAAUCGCUGCACUCUCUUCUGCAAAUCCUCCUACUUGUACUCUCAAUUUGUACUCUCAUUUCUUUCACUCUUAUGAAGGCUAUGAUGUCAAGAGGGGGGACACGUCCAAGCUAGCCUUUCUGCGCCUGUUACUACAAUUAUGGCUUCCUUAU